AUUUGUUUCCGGAUGUUGACUAUCUGUCUGCUCUUUGCACCAAAAUGGAUCAGGAAAUUGUGUAGUGAAGAGUACAAACACAAGUUUCUGUUUGAGAAGAAAUAUUUUCUAUUGACAAAAAUAACUUAUAGUGGCAAUCAAAUGCACUUCCCCUCAGGAUAAAUGUUGUCGGUAGAGGGUUGUCACAUGUUCAUGAGUGGGCGUAACUUCUACUGUUUUUGUCUGAUUAAACUUUAAUUCCAGUGUUCUUUAACACAACUUACAUUACAGAAACAAAAUAUGGCUGAUUUCCUGGCAGAAAAUAACCAGUGUGGUCAAAAUAUUCUACGCCUUGUGUCUAGGGGAAAUGCCAUACUUGCUGAAUUAUUGAGACUUUCAGAAGUAAUACCACCAGUUUUUAGACAGGAAAAUCCACAUGAAAAACUUAAAUAUGCUGACAUUAUUAGUGAUUUCAGUUACUUUAGAAAUGCAGAAUACUUUGACAAUAAGAUUGAAUCCAAAGUGGAACUUCAAGAUUUAGAUGAAGAAUACAGAGAAAAUAAUAUUGAAAUUCUGACAAGAUUUUAUCAAGCAUUUUCUAGUGUACAUAAAUAUAUAAUAGAUUUGACAAAAUUCCUUGAAGAUUUAGAAGAAGGAAUAUACAUACAACAUUCAUUGGAAAGUGUUUUGAUUAAUGAUGAUGGUAAACAGUUAUUGUGUGAGGCUUUGUUUUUGUAUGGUGUAAUGUUACUCAUUAUUGAUACAAGAAUAGAAGGUAUUAUUAGAGAAAGAAUACUGGUGUCUUAUUAUAGAUAUAGUGCCCAGAAAGCUGCUGCUGGUGAUUCUAACAUAGAUGAUGUAUGUAAACUGUUAAGAAGUACUGGAUUCUCUAAUGCACCAGGUGCUAAAAGACCUCCAAACUAUCCAGAAUCAUACUUUAAUCGAGUACAUAUCAACAGUGACUUUAUCAACAUGGUGAUUGGUCGAUUGAGGUCAGAUGAUAUAUAUAAUCAGAUAUCAGCCUAUCCUCUACCAGAACAUCGCUCUACAGCUCUGGCUACACAGGCAUCCAUGCUUUAUGUCAUUCUAUAUUUUGAACCUGAAAUUCUACAUAACCAACAAGCCAAAAUGAGGGAAAUAGUAGAUAAACACUUCCCAGAUAAUUGGGUAAUUAGUGUCUACAUGGGAAUGCCAGUCAACCUGUUAGAUGCCUGGUCAACAUAUAAAGCAGCAUCAACAGCAUUAAACAACACAUUAGAAACUGGAAAUGUCAGAGAACAGGCUACAAAAUAUGCCAAUAAAGUAGUGAAGCUUCAUACUCCAUUAGAGAAGUAUUUGAAAGAAGGUGUAUUGACAGAGGAGUUUGUACUGGACAAUAUACCAAAGAUGAUGAAUGUUAUGAGAGAUAGCAAUGUUACUUUGAGGUGGCUUAUGUUACAUACAUCAGCUCUCUCUCCUAGUGCUGAUAUGAAUAAAAGAUGCAGACAGCUGAGAGAACAAGUGUUAGCUGAUGCCAAGUUUAACGCCUUAACAGUAUUUAGGUUGCUACUUAGUGUAGGACAGUUUGAAUUCAAACUUAAAGAGAUGUUUAGACACAUGUUGAAUGAGAAAGAGAAUAAAUGGGAUGAACACAAGAAGGAGGGAACGGAGAGAAUGCAAGAACUUGGAGAAGUUUUCUCAGGGACCAAACCACUCACAAGGGUGGAGAAAAAUGAAAAUUUACAAGCCUGGUUCAGUGAGAUGAGUAAGCAGAUAACGUCACUGAGUUUUGAUGAUUCAACUUCUGCAGGCAGAAAAAUAGUCCAACUUAUACAGGCCUUAGAAGAGGUACAAGAGUUCCACCAGCUGGAGAGUAACUUACAAGUAAAACAGUUUUUAGCUGAUACUAGGAAAUACUUACAUCAGAUGAUCAGGACAAUCAACAUUAAAGAGGAGGUGUUAAUCACCAUUCAGAUUGUAGCUGAUCUGUCAUAUGCCUGGACCAUCAUUGAUAGUUACACAGGCUACAUGCAGCAAGGAAUAAAGAAAGAUCCUUCUCUUGUCAUUAAACUAAGAGCUACAUUUCUAAAGAUGGCUUCAGCUCUAGAUCUACCAUUGCUAAGGAUUAACCAAGCCAACAGUCCAGACUUAAUGAGUGUAUCACAAUAUUACUCUGGAGAGUUAGUCAGCUAUGUUAGAAAAGUAUUACAGAUUAUACCACAGACAAUGUUUAGUUUGCUGGCUAGAAUCAUAGACAUGCAGACACAUCAAAUUAAAGAAGUACCUACCAGACUAGAAAAGGAUAAAAUGAAAGAAUUUGCACAGUUAGAUGAGAGAUAUGAGGUAGCCAAACUAACACAUUCUAUAUCUGUGUUUACUGAAGGUAUUCUUAUGAUGAAAACUACUCUGGUGGGAAUUAUAAAGAUUGAUCCAAAACAGUUACUAGAAGAUGGAAUUAGGAAAGAACUUGUACAACAAGUAGCUUUAGCUUUACAUAAAGGAUUGAUGUUCAACCCAAAAGCUAGGACCAGUGAAUUGAUGCCUAAGUUAGAAUCCUUGGGAGACAGAAUGGAUGGUUUCAGAGUAUCAUUUGAGUAUAUCCAGGACUAUGUUAAUAUCUAUGGAUUGAAGAUUUGGCAGGAAGAAGUUUCUCGGAUCAUUAACUAUAAUGUAGAACAAGAAUGUAACAGUUUCCUUAGAACUAAGGUACAAGAUUGGCAGAGUAUAUACCAGUCAACAGCUAUACCUAUACCUAGAUACCAACCUGUAGACGAGAGCGUCAACUUCAUUGGCAGAUUGGCAAGGGAGAUAAUUAGAAUCACAGAUCCUAAACUUACAUCCUAUAUAGAUCCUAUGAAGGCUUGGUAUGAUGUGAAGACAAAACAAGAACUAGUGAAUAGAAAAUUGUUCCAGAAACUUCAGAGAUCAGUUGGUACUUUUGGAUUAACUGGACUGGAUCGUUUAUUGUGUUUCAUGAUUGUAAAAGAAUUACAGAAUUAUCAAGUUUUACUUAACAGAACUGUACUGAACCCAAAAGACAAAACAUGGCUUGACUUACUUAAUAGCUUUGUCAAACAACUCACUCCUGUCAAAGGUAUUAUAGGAAAUCCACAGAAGGUAUAUUCUACUAUGAUGUCCAGGUUAGGAAAAUUGUGGCCACAUUUCAUAGAUGUUAUAUUAAGAGUUGGUCAAAUGCAGUUAUUGAGGAGACAGAUAGCACAUGAGCUAAGUACAUCAUGCAAAUUUGAUUCAAAGUUUUUAGCAAGUACAUUACAGACUUUUAAUGAUGCUUUGAUGGCAGACAUAGAACAGCAUUACCAGGACCCAACUCUACCUUACCCUAAGGAAGAUAACCCUCUGAUGUAUGAAUUAACAGCUUAUCUAGAGUCAGCUGGAUUCCAUGAUCCAUUGGCUAAAAUUUACAUCACAACAAAGAGACUGCCACAUUUUCCAUUAUUUAAUUGUUUGUUUGUACUAUCACACCUUCCUAAGCUAGUAUACAGCAAAUCUAUCAGUGGAUUGACAUGUAAGAAAUUAACAGAUCCUUUGGAUGGUCCACCAUUUGUGACUGGUUGUAUAACAUUGCUGAAACAGUUUCACUCAGAAAAUACUGAUUCAUUCUUGGCAUUACUGGGCCAGUAUGUACGAUCUACUGUCAGUAUGCUUCCUAAUGUGAAGUCACCAGAUUUGUCUCAGGAUGCCUUGAAUGUAUUGGUAUUCUUGGAGGAUUUUAUUUACUAUAGUGGAAUGUCUAGAAAGGUGAUAGAAGCUCAGGUACCACCAUACUUGUUUGAUGAAUGUAAAACUCAGCUGGCACAGGGAUGAUGGACUGGUUCUGUUGUUUAUAUAAUGUGACAUUCCAAGGAAGUGUGACUGUUUCCAGAUGUAUUGAACUUACUGCAGACUGAAUACAUUACAAAAUUGUUAUUAACUGUUAUCCAAUGGUGCAAUAUAUUUUUCUAACAUUGUAUUUAGCUUGUUGUUGAUAAUUAUUAUAAGAUUUUUUUGUA